UGCGGGAGUAGGCGUGCCGUCGAGGUUUUCUGUGCAGUGUUCACAAGAUAAUCGAUCGUGUGGAUUUUGAAAGGAGACAAAUCUAAUACGAAAAUUUUCGAUAAAGAACGGAACUCGGGAGCAGGAGCGACCCCCCCUGCCGCCAUGUCUGUGGAAAGCCCGAUGGCCCAGAACCCGGGCUGCAAGAUCAUGACCUUCCGGCCCACCAUGGAGGAGUUCCAGGACUUCGCCAAGUACAUCACGUACAUCGAGGCGCAGGGCGCCCAUAGGGCCGGGCUGGCAAAGGUGAUCCCGCCGAAGGAGUGGAAACCGCGGCAAUCGUACGACACCAUCGAGGAGAUGGUGAUCCCGGCGCCCAUCAUGCAGGUGGUGACGGGCCAGUCCGGCCUCUUCACCCAGUACAACAUCCAGAAGAAGCAGAUGACCGUGGGGGAGUACCGCAAGCUGGCCAACAGCAAAAAGUACUGCACUCCUCCACACAAGGACUUUGACGACCUGGAGAGGAAGUACUGGAAGAACCUGACGUUCGUGUCGCCCAUAUAUGGCGCCGACAUCAGCGGCUCGCUCUACGAUUCGGACAUCGGGGAGUGGAACAUCAGCCGCCUGAACACGCUGCUGGACAUGGUGGAGCAGGAGUGCGGCAUCGUGAUUGAGGGGGUCAACACCCCGUACCUGUACUUCGGCAUGUGGAAGACCACCUUCGCCUGGCACACCGAGGACAUGGACCUCUACAGCAUCAACUACCUGCACUUCGGCGAGCCCAAGUCCUGGUAUGCCAUUCCCCCGGAGCACGGGAAGAGGUUGGAGAGGCUGGCCCAGGGGUUCUUCCCGGGCAGCUCCCAGGGCUGUGACGCUUUCCUCAGACACAAGAUGACCCUGAUCUCGCCCUCCAUACUGAAGAAGUACAGCAUCCCCUUCGACAGGAUCACUCAGGAGGAGGGCGAGUUCAUGAUCACGUUUCCGUACGGUUACCACGCCGGCUUCAACCACGGCUUCAACUGCGCCGAGUCCACCAACUUCGCCACGCUCCGCUGGAUCGACUACGGCAAGAUGGCCACACAGUGCACGUGCCGUAAGGACAUGGUGAAGAUCUCCAUGGACGUGUUCGUGCGCUGCCUGCAGCCGGACCGCUACGAGCUGUGGAAGCAGGGCAAGGACGUGACCGUGCUGGACCACCAGCGGCCCACAAUCCUCUCCAGCCCCGAGCUGGAGCUCUGGAGGGAGACACGCGUCACCUACAAGGACCGGCUGCUGCAGAGGGCCCUGCAGAAGAAGCAGCAGCUGCGGAGGCUGAAGCAGGAGGAGGUGAAGGCCCUGAUGGACGACGGCAUUGAGCUGGACCUGGCCGAGUACCAGCAGCAGGUGGAGCAGAAGGAGGCGCAGAGGAGGCAGGAGCGGACGGAGCGCAUGGCGCAGGAGGCACUGAGGGCUCUGGAGGCCAUGGAGCACAUGGAGCACAUGGACCCGGAAGGAAAGGGCGUGGAGGCCCUCGAAGAUCAGGGCGAGCAGACGCCGGACGGGGAGAAGAAGAAGAAAAAGAAGAAGAAGAAGAAGCCGUCGGACGGCAGGGAGGAGCUGGCGCGCAGCAUGGCGGCCUCCCUGGGGGAGGUGGCGCUGCAGGGCGACGGCGGCCUCAUCCCCACGCUCUUCGUCACGCACAGGCCGAAGAAGGGCGCCUUGCCCAAGGGCCAGCUCUCCUUCCAGGAGGCCUUCGAGCGCUUCGCCACAAGCUCCGCCCACCCCGGCCCCAAGCCCGACCCCAAGCCCGACCCCGGCGCCGCCGACCAGGAGAGCAGUGACACCGAGCUGCCAGCAGAGGGCGCAGCCGAGAAGAGAGGAAUUCAGCCGAACUCCUCCUCGUACUCCCAGCUGAAGAAGAGGCUGGAGGUGAAGAAGAGCAGACGCCAUCCCUUCAGCCGGCCGCCCAUGCGCUCCCCACUCUCCAUCGUCAAACAGGAAGCGUCCAGCGAUGAAGCAGAGGGCGAUAUGGAAGACGAGGUGAAGCAGACGGCGGAGUGCCACCUGUGGCAGAACCGCUCGCCCAACUUCCUGGCAGAGCGCCGCUUCAACGCGGCCGUCGCGCCCAUGGAGCCGCACUGCGCCAUCUGCACCCUGUUCUGCCCCUAUACACAGCCCCAGAGAGACCCCUCCCUCCCGGCGGACCCACCCUUCAGCCCCGCGUCCCGCUGCGGCAGUCGCACCCGCCCCCUCGUCCCGGAGAUGUGCUUCAGCUCGGGCGCGGAGAACACCGAGCCCCCCGCCUCCAACUCCCACAUCGGGGACGACGGCACCAGCGUGCUCCUCGCCUGCCCCAGCUGCAGCCUGCAGGUCCACGCCAGCUGUUACGGCGUCAGGCCGGACCGGCUGAACGAGGCCUGGACCUGCUCCAGGUGUGCCGCGGGGGCCUGGACGGUGGAUUGCUGUUUGUGUAAUUUAAGAGGAGGCGCGCUCAGGAUGACCACAGACGGAAGGUGGGUACACGUCAUCUGUGCCAUCGCCGUGCCCGAAGCCCGCUUCAUCAACGCCAUCGAACGCGAGCCGGUGGACGUCAGCGCCAUCCCGGAGAAGAGGAAGAGUCUGAAGUGCGUUUACUGCCACAAGAACACGAAGGAGAUCCGUGGCGCGUGCAUCCAGUGCUCCUUCGAGAACUGCUCCACCUCCUUCCACGUCACCUGCGCGCACAUCGCCGGGGUGCUCAUGAAGCCCGCCGAUUGGCCCUACGUGGUGUCCGUCACCUGCCUCAAGCACAAGCCCACCAAUCACAGAGUGGCGCGGCCGGGGUCGCGGGAGCUCUCGAUUGGCCAGCGGGUGAUCGGUCGGAACCGGGACGGCUGGCACUACCACUGCACCCUCAUCGGCAUGGCGACGCAGACCUUCUACGAGGUCAACUUCGACGACGGCUCCUACUGCGACAACCUCUAUCCCGAGAACGUGGUGAGCCAGGACUGCCUGCUCCAGGGGCCCCCGGAGGCUGGCGAGGUCAUCCUGGUGUACUCGCAGGACGGCAAAGUGGUCAACGCCUCAUUCGUCAGGGAACACCUGCACAAGCACUUCCAGGUGGAGUUUGAGGAUAAGUCUCAGAUGACUCUUAAACGCACAGAGAUCCACACACUGGAACAGGAGCUUCCCAAGAGGGUGAAGUCUCGUCUGUCUCUGGCGGCUGUGGGCCAUCAGGACGGCGUUCCCUCUGGAGAUGAGCCCCAAGCCCCCAAACGCCCCCGCCUGCCCACGCCGCCCCCCCCGCCGGCGUCCACUGGCCCCGUCCCGCCCCAGGAUCCUGCGUCCCCCCCCUCAGCCUCGGCAGCGAUGAGAGCGCCCCAUUCCGCUGCCCCCAACGGCGCCCAUGAGCCUUCACUUACCCCCACCGCCCCCAUCGAGCCCUGCCCCGCCCCCGCCCCCGCCCCCCACCUCAGCCACACCCCCACCUCUGCCCCCCACCUGAGCCACGCCCCCAACCCCGCCCCCCACCACAGCCACGCCCCCUUCCCCGUCCCCACCCAGCCCCCCACCAACGGCGCCCUGCACCCCUCCCUCGCCCCCUACCCCGGCGGCAGCGCACCCCACCCCCCCGCCCUGUCCCGGGACCCCCCCGAGCCCUUCUCCCACAGCAGCAACUACAUCUCCUACAUGGAGUCCCUGCUCCAGGCCCACUACCCCCAGGAGGGGGGCGCCGGCCCCGCGUAUUAGAGACCAGCCAGUGUUCGGCGUUUCGGUUUGACGGACAGCAGCUCCCCUACCCCCCCCCCCCCACACACGUCCCCCUCCCCGUACCCAGGGGAGGGGGUAAACUGGUGCUCAUUCAACACAAAGAGUUCGUCCGGCAGGGUUGCAUGGUUUAUAGUUUUUUUUUUUGUUUUUUAAAAAAAAAUAUCAUUAUUGUUAUUAUUUUUAUUUUUUAUCACCCCAUGGCUGUCGUCGGUCGUGCGCUCCCGGGACAGUGGCGGAAGAGGCGGGAAGGGUUUCGUCUUACCUGAGUCUCACCUGCAUGCCUGUACCUGUAACGAGCUGUCCACACGGGGGGGGGGGGG